AUGUCUUUUAACUCUACUCAAAUAACUUCUUUAUACAUCCCAUCCCGUUAUGCAGCGAGUAUAUUCGCAACGAUUCUUUACAUCUCAUUAAUCGCAUGGUUUAUUCAAACAUUACACUUCAAAUAUCGACCGUAUAUUCUCAGUCUGUUCAUAUUUUUAUCGCAUUUGAUAACUUUUGUCGAACUUGUUCUACGCGCGACAGUAGACAUCGACACAAUGAACACGAAAAUAUACCGUGAAAUAACAUCAGCAUUGUGUAGUUUAUCUCCUCGAUUGUUGCUCUUAGCAAAUUAUCGUUGUCUAGUUGAUCUACGAGGAAAGAAACCACGUGAAAUGCUCGAUCGACUUAUGGAUGUUGUCAUUCCAUUAAACGUGCUGAAUAUGGACAGUCUACUAUGCCUUGCUGACGAUUUUUCAUUUGCUGAAAAGCACCAGAAGUUAAGUAUUUAUUUUCGCCAAGCAUCAAAUGGAUUUAGUUUCUUUCUUGCCUUGCUCUUCUAUGUAUUUUGGUACCUUGCAGUGUCACAUGUUCGUCGUUUGUAUGUUUUACCUUUAGUAACUGUAUCGAGUAUUUGCGUGUCGAUUGAGAUAGGUUAUAGUUUUCUCAUAUCAAUACCGCACGUUUUUUUAUUUCUGACACAGGAUGAGUUUUAUUAUUAUGUGUGCCAUGUUAUUCCUAUGUUUGUUGCACUUGUCACAUGGUCAAUAUUUCAUCCAUGGAAGUUCCUACCGCCAUCCGAAGCGAACGUUCCCCGCGAUGCAAGUGGCAACGAGCUGCUCGCGCCACCACCACCGUCUUUUUAUUGA